UUUGCGCUCGAAUCCGACACAAAGGCAAAGAAAUUUGUAGAAUUUUUAACGAAGCAUUGAAAAGCAAAGACGCGUUUUACAUAAAAGUGCUUAUAAUCGUGUAUUUUAAUUGAUUUUUGAUCGAAUUGAUUGCUGACAAGAAGCAAAAUAAUUGUGAAGAGCUUUUGAAGAAAAUAUUGCUUGCAAAAAACAACAAAAUGUCGCUAUUUGGCUCAUUAAUGGGAGAUUUCGAUGAUGACCUUUUCAUGGGCAAUCACAUGAAUGCAAUGAAUAUGCAAAUGCGCUCGAUGAAUCGUUUAAUGAAUUCACUCAUGCCCGAUCCAUUCAAUAUGCUGGCACCAUUCGAUUCAGGCUUCCAACAGAAUGCGCUCAUGGAACGUGGCAAUCCACAUGCUGGUAAUCCGAUGGGCGGUCUUUUUGGUUUUCCACCAAUGCCAAAUAUAAAUCGCCUACUCAGCGCAGGAAAUAUCGGCUCUCCGAAUGGCCCCUCUUAUUGCUCCAGCUCAGUUAUCACAAUGUCCUCUGGCCCCGAUGGUCGUCCACAAAUCUAUCAGGCUACAUCUAGUACAAAAACUGGGCCCGGUGGCAUACGUGAGACACGCAAAACAGUUGAAGAUUCAAGGCGUGGUAUGAAGAAAAUGGCUAUUGGACAUCACAUUGGCGAACGUGGGCAUAUAAUUGAAAAAGAGCAGGACUUGCGUUCCGGCCAAUUGGAGGAGCGUCAAGAAUUUAUAAAUUUAGAGGAAGAUGAUGCAGAGGAUUUCGAUCGUGAAUUCACCAACCGCGCUCGCCAGAGUGGAGUGCGUGGGGCGCGUCCACAAGAGAUGAUCACAAUUGAAUCGGCUGACGAUGAUGAUGAUAUGCGUCCUCGUCAUUAUAGCAGAUAUGUUGGCAGUGGUGGACAUAAUCGCAGACAAUUGCCAGCAUUGCCCGCACCACCACAGCACCACAAUAGCUCUCCGUUGUCCAAUUCGUCAUCGGUUGAUUCGUUGAACUCCACAACCAAUUCGAACAACAGCAACAAAAACAACACCACUACCAAUCACAGCAACAGCAACGACACUUUGUCUACGAAGCGCGAAAAAGCUACUACAAACAGCAAUAGCAAUAACAACAAUAGCUACUUGACAUCGAAUGCUACACGUCGCUCCCCAGCUGCUGGCGGUUAUCAUCAUCACCGUGGCAUUACAGCUCGCCGUCCAUUGCGUACGCCGCUAUCAUCGCCACUUGCCACCACGCCGACCAAUUAUCAUAACAGCUCAGCGGCAACGACAAGCGUACAUCCCCAUCCCUAUAAUGCUUCGGCCGCACGCCGUAAUUAUCGCUCCAAACAUACCAAACAACAUCAGCAGCCACAUCAACCACAAGCGCUAACCAUUACUGAGAUAAUCGACGACGAUGAGGAUGAUGAGGUGGAGCAGCAGACAGCAGCACCAACAGUAACCGUGGAGGAGGAGGAUGAUGAUGCAGCAGCAGCACCAGCUGCAGUAGCAUCAGAUCACGCAACAGCAACAGUAAUUAAUCCAGCAGCCACAGCUGCAGCUAAUAAAACAGCUGCUACAAAAUCACACAGAUCGAAUCAUUAAAACCAUUAAACAAAUUUAAAUAUGUAUACAUUUUGCGCGUGAGAGAUUGAUUUGAUAUUGCUGUUGGCGUACGUAGUUGUAGUUAUUUUUUGAUGAAGAUUUUGCGCUGCAAAAAUUCUUUUAGUUAUGUGGUAGUUGGAAACGAGCAGGGGAAGAAAAGGAGCCAAACCGUAAUGAGGAGUUCAAGCGUAUUUUUUAGAAUUGUAAGCAAACCGGGCGAAACAAAAAAUAACAUAGUAAAACAGAAGAGAAAGAAACAAUCUUAAAAUUAUAUUUUCGCGACACAUCAUUUCUAUGUAAUAAGUACUGUAUUAAUAAUUACUACACUUUAAUGCUGCUGCGUGCGUGCGCCUAUAAAUAAGCGAAUUUUGAGAUGUGUGUCUUUCUGCUAUGCGCACGAUGCGCAUUCUAAAGAAGUUGAUGAUUUAUGAAAGCAAAAUAUGUAGCCAAUUGAAAAAGAAAAAUCGAAUUAUUUGUAUGAUUGAAUUUGCAACAAUGAGUCUCUCAAGCUUGGCUGGUAUAGCGUAGCUGCUGCUCAACUAUAUACGAUUCUAAUACAAAUUACACAUUUUAGAAAGAAAAUGUUAAUUGAUUUCAAGAUAAUAUAAAUUCUAAACUUUAGCUAUGUAUUAACUAUGAAGUGUAUUUGGGAAUUUUUUGCAAACAAAUGAAAAAAACACUAAGUCCUAUUGAAAAUAUAUUUCAUGCGUUUUUGACUGCAAUAUCCACUGCGAGUUAAAAAAAAAAAAUCAAAAUGCUAAAUGCUAAAUAGACGACGCUUUGUAAACUUUUUCCGCGCUAAAAGUAUGCUUUUUCAGCUAAUAUCGACCGCAAGCAGCAGAAAUUGUAGCAUAAGCAACGUUUAAAUAUAAGUUCAUGAGUGCGUAUGCGCCCUUUGCUUUGCACUUCAAUCGCUAUUUCAAUUGUUACAACUAGGAAAAUGUCAAUUUUUGGUGUUUUUGAAAAUGUGUGUAACUUGAAAAAUUUUAAAUUUCCAGCAAUUUAUAAAUUUUUGCACUCAAUCUGGGGAAAUAUAUGAAAAGUAUAUACUUUACAUUAAAAUAAGCUGUUUGUAUGGUAGCAAAUCGAGUUCCAAAUUUCAAAUUCUAGCGUAAACAAAAAAUAUAUAGUUUUAAAUUGAGGUUAUGUAUGUAACAGAAGGAUGCAUAGAGUUUAGCCGAAGAAGCAGAGCGCAGAAGAAAAAAAAAUAAUGAAUAAAACAUUCUGUAAAACAACAUUUU